GCCCCUCCUGAUUUCGCUUAUCCGUUCAAUGAUCUCAUUCUAUGGGCUGUGCUCACAAGACGACCUGAAAUGGCUAAAUGUAUGUGGCUUCAUGGAGAGGAUGCAAUGGCAAAAAGCCUUGUUGCUGCCAGGUUAUAUAAAGCCAUUGCUCGUAUUGCAGAAGAGGACUAUCUGGAGGUAGAAGUUGCUCAGAAGCUUCGAGAAUAUUGCGAGUCAUCCUGCUCGGAAUCCUUAGAGCUAUUGGAUUUCUGCUAUCGCGAGGACAACAGUCAAACCCUGAAGUUGUUAACCGCCCAGCUGCCCCAUUGGGGUUAUCAAAACUGUCUUUCGUUGGCGGUUAUGGCUAAUCAUAAACCAUUUCUUGCUCAUCCAUGUUGUCAACGGCUGCUCGCUGAGCUUUGGCAUGGAUCGCUUCGUGUGCGCAGGUAA